GAUAGCAGCCAUUUUGUCUAAAAAGUGCAACUGCUCUUUUCCUAAAAAAGGUGGAAUUUAUUUCUUUAUUUUAAGAGAUUAUUUUUACCUUAACGUUCUAAUACACAAUAAUGGUUCCCAUCGUUAAAACAAUGAACGAUAAAUAAUUCUUGAGCGCCUGAAAUAUAAACCGUGUCGUACAAAAAAUAAAACAGUGCAAGUUUAUCGAUCAAUUGCAGAUGAAAGUCUGUUGAAAAUGGUGACAUUUAUGUGACCAUAAUCUUACCUUAACACUAAACUAUUGUGUAAAAUAAAAUGGAUAGAAUUAAAUAAACGUAAUGGAAAAGCAUUGUUCACAUCUACUUACGAAUCUUUAAUUCCGAAAGACGUGUCUAGACUUAAUGUCCGUAAACAAUAUGGCGGCCGAAAGUAUUUUAGCAGAAAUCCCAAGAGUCUUUAUUGAUCAACUUCACUAUAAACUUCUUCAUUCGUUUUAUCUAACCGUACAAUUGUUCAAGACAAUUAUAGUUUUCCUUGGCUAUAUUACAGUCUCCGCUGAAAUCGGUUUCAAAAUUUUGGUCAGGUUUCUCUAGUACGCAAUCGGUGGGUGGCAAUCGGAAGAAAACAGAAGAAUAAUAGACAAAGACGCAGGAAUAGAUGGAUAGAUAAAUAGAUAGAAAGAGACGGGUACGAUACCGGGUGUGCUAUAAAUAGCGAAGAUUCGCGAUCCUGACGAGGCACGGCGCUGGCGUCGAUCGCCGCGUACUCGCGAAAUAACGCCGGAGGAGAGGGAAUCUCGAAAGAACCGAGGCACCUUGUACAGUUUCCUUUGGGCGUUCGCGGCGUGUUCGACAGCCCUGCACUUCCUUGAAUCGAGUUUAAUCGGAAAACGGACGUCGCGCGAUGCGCGCCGCGACGACGCGAGUUUCUUACCUCGUCGCGUCUCCGCUCGACGCUUCGUUCUCGCCGUUUUCGUUGCUCGAUCGAGUAGGACGCUCGCAACGAGAUUCGCAAUCGCGAGAAGACGUGGGUUACGGAAGCGUCGAAAUCGCGUCCGCGUUUACCCAUCUGCCGCAGAAAGAAAUGGCCAGGGACACGCCGGGCUCACCGAUGUCUAGGCCGAGAGAGCUGGUCGGCGGAGUUGGCGGUGCUGCGACCACCUUGACGUCCAGCGCGUACCACACCGCCUCCGACCCAACCGCCCUGCACGGUCACGCGCUCCAACAAAAAAUACUCGAGCUGCAGCAGCAUCAUCAGCUACAGCAGCAGAUACUGCGACAGCAGUACCAGGCGCAGGAACGACAACUGGCAGAGUUGCACGAGCAACAGAUGCAUCAGCUGAAGCUAUGGGAGCAGCAGAAGCAGCUGGAGGAGCAACGGAGGGAGAAGGAGAGGCUGGAGGCGCUCAGGAAAAAGGAUAAGCACGAUCACAGCGCGAUCGCCUCGACGGAGGUCAAGCAACGGCUUCAGAGCUUCCUUGUGAACAAGAAGCAGAGGGAGGCUGCUGCCGCCGCGAACGGAGCGGUUCCUGGUACACCUGGUUACAGAAGCUGGUUGCAGCCACAGUCAGAAUCGGCAGGCACCGUGAACUCCUCGCACCCCUACCGCAUGCCGCAGAUGCUCCAAGAGAAGUUCGCGGACGACUUUCCCCUCCGGAAAACAGCCUCGGAGCCGAACCUGCUGAAGGUGCGAUUAAAGCAACGCGUGGAGAGGAACAUGGCCGCCUCGAGAAACUCACCCCUGAUGGCACGCCGGAAGGACCGUCUGCUGUCGCACCUCAAGCGGAGGUCACUGCUAGCAAAUUCUAGCAGCAAUCCAGAGUCUGGGCCUAACUCACCGCCGACCGUUAACAAUUCCCAAGCGAGUCCUACCGCGGCCGGCAACGCGACAGCCAUUCAAGAGGAAACCGAAAACACCGGCUACGGCGGUCCUCUGUCCAGCAGCAGUCAACAGGGUAGUCUUUCGGACCUGUCGUUGUUCAGUUCACCGUCCAUGCCAAACAUCUCGCUGGGUCGACCUCACGUUCCGACCGGAUCAUCCGGCACGACCGGCACGAAAUUGGCGACCGUCUCGGAGGCAGAGGUACGAGCCGCGUUCACGGCGCGGUUAGGUAUGCCGCUCACGGGGCAAAUGUUGCCGGGCACCUUGCCAUUCUAUCCGUCGUUGACGGUGAUCGAAGGGGAACCGCCGUCGAGUGGGGGUAGCAGUGGCGGUAGCGGUGGCAGCGGUGGUGGUGGCAACGGCACCGCUGGCUACGUUCAUAAACAGAUGCAGCAAAAUAUGGAACACCAUUCGAACAGGCAACACCCGUCGUCCGUGUAUCACGCUGCCGCUGCGCCCAUCACGGACACGCAGGUAGCGCACGCGAGACUGCAAAAGGCUGGUCACCGGCCUUUAGGUAGAACCCAAUCCGCGCCGCUACCUCUGGGUCAUCCGAUGCUGCAAGGUGGCAUGAUAGCGCCGCAAACCCACUACGAAGAGUACCUGGCCGAGAAACAGCUCCACGAUCAACAACAAGCGCACAACUACCUGAAACAACAGAUCCGUCAAACGGUGUUGACACGGGUCGGCUCCCGUGGUCAGACCAACCAGUUGGACGAGGCUCCCGAGUCCGAAGAGUCCGAGGUGAUCGAUCUGACUGGCGGGAAGAAAGAUCACUCGUCGGAGGAGAGCGAGAUUUCCAAACAGCAACGGGAUCGGGAGCAAUUUCUUCAGCAACAGAGGGAUCUGAUGAUGAGGCAUACUUUGCAAAUCUCGAACGAGUCGUCCGCGGCCUACGGUGGAAGCAGGAGCGGUCAGGCCAGUGCCAGACCGUUGUCCAGAGCGCUCUCGAGCCCGUUGGUUCAUCUGGGUCCUCAAGCAACCGGUGAGCUAUUCGCGCGAACCUCCUCCUCUCAUCGACCCACCACCGGUUUGGCCUACGAUCCACUGAUGCUGAAACACGCGUGCGACUGCGGCGAAACUGUACGGGGUCAUCCCGAGCACGGCGGCAGGCUGCAGAGCGUCUGGGCCCGGCUGUCCGAGACCGGCUUGCUACAGAGGUGCGAUCGAAUACGAUCGCGCAAAGCCACCCUCGAGGAGAUUCAAACGUGUCACAGCGAAGCUCACGCUCUUCUCUUCGGAACGAAUCCGAUGAAUCGGCAAAAGUUGGACGUGUCGAAGCUCUCUCAGCUGCCCAUCAAGAGUUUCGUGCGACUGCCUUGCGGCGGCAUCGGCGUCGAUUCCGACACCACGUGGAACGAAUUGAAUACCGCGCCAGCCGCCAGAAUGGCCGUCGGUUGCGUGGUCGACCUCGCGAAACAACAGAUCCGUCAAACGGUGUUGACACGGGUCGGCUCCCGUGGUCAGACCAACCAGUUGGACGAGGCUCCCGAGUCCGAAGAGUCCGAGGUGAUCGAUCUGACUGGCGGGAAGAAAGAUCACUCGUCGGAGGAGAGCGAGAUUUCCAAACAGCAACGGGAUCGGGAGCAAUUUCUUCAGCAACAGAGGGAUCUGAUGAUGAGGCAUACUUUGCAAAUCUCGAACGAGUCGUCCGCGGCCUACGGUGGAAGCAGGAGCGGUCAGGCCAGUGCCAGACCGUUGUCCAGAGCGCUCUCGAGCCCGUUGGUUCAUCUGGGUCCUCAAGCAACCGGUGAGCUAUUCGCGCGAACCUCCUCCUCUCAUCGACCCACCACCGGUUUGGCCUACGAUCCACUGAUGCUGAAACACGCGUGCGACUGCGGCGAAACUGUACGGGGUCAUCCCGAGCACGGCGGCAGGCUGCAGAGCGUCUGGGCCCGGCUGUCCGAGACCGGCUUGCUACAGAGGUGCGAUCGAAUACGAUCGCGCAAAGCCACCCUCGAGGAGAUUCAAACGUGUCACAGCGAAGCUCACGCUCUUCUCUUCGGAACGAAUCCGAUGAAUCGGCAAAAGUUGGACGUGUCGAAGCUCUCUCAGCUGCCCAUCAAGAGUUUCGUGCGACUGCCUUGCGGCGGCAUCGGCGUCGAUUCCGACACCACGUGGAACGAAUUGAAUACCGCGCCAGCCGCCAGAAUGGCCGUCGGUUGCGUGGUCGACCUCGCCUUCAAAACCGCCAUGGGCGACAUUAAGAACGGUUUCGCCGUCGUUCGACCACCGGGCCAUCACGCCGAAACCAAUCAAGCCAUGGGAUUCUGCUUCUUCAACUCGGUCGCGAUCGCCGCGCGAUUGCUUCAACAGAAGCUCGACGUUCGGAAAAUUAUGAUUUUGGAUUGGGACGUCCACCAUGGGAACGGAACGCAGCAAAUGUUUUACGACGACCCGCGAGUGUUGUAUCUGUCGAUACACAGGCACGACGAAGGUAACUUUUUCCCGGGCACUGGAGGACCAACCGAGUGCGGAGCCGGCGAAGGUUUAGGAUACAACGUGAACGUCGCGUGGUCCGGCGGCUUGAAUCCACCUAUGGGAGACGCCGAGUACCUCGCCGCAUUUCGCACUGUCGUCAUGCCCAUCGCGAGGGCGUUCGACCCGAGUAUCGUACUCGUCUCCGCCGGUUUCGACGCCGCGGUUGGACACCCGGCUCCUCUCGGCGGUUACAAAGUUAGCCCGGCAUGUUUCGGAAAGAUGACCCAACAGCUGCUCGGUCUGGCCAACGGCAAGGUCGUCUUAGCUCUUGAAGGCGGCUACGACCUCGCCGCCAUCUGCGAUUCCGCCCAAGAGUGCGUCCGAGCUCUCCUCGGGGAUGAACCCAGUCAACUUCGGGAUGAGGAGUUGACCAGGGCGCCUUGUCAGAACGCCAUCGACACGCUGCAGAAGACUAUCGCCGUUCAGAUGCCGCAUUGGCCUUGCGUGAAGCUGAACGCGCACACAGCGCCGAUGAGCGCCAUUGAAGCCGGCCAGAAGGAACGCGACGAAUCCGAGACAGUCUCCGCGAUGGCCUCCCUGUCAAUGCAGCAGCCUACCAAUUUAACGACUACCCCAGAACAUUCCCGCGAAGUUUCCGAAGAGCCGAUGGAACAAGACGACGCCAAAUGAAAGCGGAGCUUUUCGUUGCGCGGUGGUACGCGCGAUUCGCUUUGGAGACUGUCUUUGCCGUCGUCGUCGUCGCAAAAUGAUCGUCGUCCCGUUCGCGUCGCGUCCUGAGACGGGAAUAUGCGACCGUACGUCGGUUACGAAACUGCUGCCGCGUCGAUAGAUCUUGAGCCUCUUUCGCUUUUCCUCUCGGUUGCCUUCUUUGUAAUUCUAAAAGAAAUUUGGGUUGAACGCAAAACUGUAAACGAUUGUUAUUUCGUUAGUGUGACGUUCUUGACGUUUCAUUGAACAACGGAGGAAGAGUAAUUGAGAGAGAAAAGGGAAGAUACGGCGAUUAACGAGAAAUCUCGAGCAGCAUAUUUUGGUUGUUUCGUUGCGAACAAAGGCUGGUGUGAUUUUUGUGAUAUUUUGUAAGAAAAAAAACGAAAGAAGAAAUUGACGAAAUACACUUAGUCGAAGGUGUAAACGCACCGCUAUGAGUAUGGCAGAAUGAAUGAGCGAGUGAGAGAAUAUGUACACCCCUUAACACGUACACUUACACACAUACACACACACACACACACACAUACACGAUUGAAAUACGAGCAUUUAUUUUUGUGUCGUGCAUUUUAUGAGAACAUGAAAUUUCAGCGAAUCUGUCGAUCGACGAACGAUUUCCACAGAUUCCGUUCGCUCGCGUUCGACACAAGUUGGCACGCAAAGACUUUUGCGUACUGCGCGAGGGGAGAAUAAGCGCGCGGUUACGCGUAUCAAGUACAAGACAUACGUGUACGUCGUACGUUGUGUCCGCAAGAAUCUCAAGUGUUCGUCGAGUGUUUCGUCCUGUAUUUUUACCAAAAAUUUACGAAAACGAGCGCGAAACGUUUUCGGUCGACUCGUGUUCGCGAACUCGGAUCUUCCCGUUCUCCUAUUUCCGUUUUCUCGCGUCUUGCCAAUUUCGACGUCGUCCCGCUCCUCCUCCCCGUUCCCUUCGCGUCACGACCCGACCGAAUUAUCAGUUUUUGUCAUCGUCGCCGUUGUCGUCAGCGGUCGUUCGGAAAAUCGUUGACGUUUUUGCGAGAGUUUCAUUCGUUUCGAGCAAAAGGAAACUUGCAACAUUCCGGUGUAUCGUUCGAAGCCAAUCGAUACAAAUUAGAUGUAAAUCGUUGACUCGCAUCGAAUAGCCGAUUAACGAAACAAGAUUAGGUGAAAUGGAAUCAAAGAUUCUGCGAAAAAUAUGAGGAAAAAAAAAACAUGAUUAAAAAACGAAAAGAAUGAACGAGAACAAAAAAGUUGCGAUUACGUUAUUGCACGCGUACGAAAUAUGUCCAUACUGCGUAAGCUUAAAUGUAUUAGUCAUACAUUUUUUAUGUAUAUAAAUGUACCUCGUAAUUUCAAAUAAAACGUAUAGUCAUUGUGUUACGCGUAACGUUAA